UCUCCGCAGUCCGGCGCAGCCCCGGCCGGGAGAAGAUGGCGGAUCGAGCCGAGAUGUUCUCGCUUUCCACCUUCCACUCGCUGUCCCCCCCCGGCUGCAGGCCCCCCCAGGACAUCAGCCUGGAGGAGUUUGACGACGAGGACCUGUCGGAGAUCACGGACGACUGCGGCAUUGGCCUCAACUAUGACUCCGACCACUAUGAGAAGGACUGCCUGGUGCUGGAGCGCGGGGAGCAGCCGCACCCAGUCUGCACCUUCCAGGAGGACUUCCAGGAGUUCGAGAUGAUCGACGACAAUGAGGAGGAGGAGGAGGAGGAAGAGGGCAAUGAGGCUCCCCUGUCCCCUUCGGCCUCACCCGUGCCCUCGCCCGUCCUGGAGGAGACCCAGAAGCUGCGGCCCACCACCCUCAACCUGACCGCCCCGGGCACCCAGGACUCCCUGAACAACAAUGGCAACUUCCCUGUGCCCGCUCACCGCACCACCUGGCAGGAUGCCCUUCGCCACUCCUCCUCCUCCUCCACUUCCUCACACACUGGACACUCGUCGCCCCACGCCUGCAUCCAGGACGGCCCCUGCCUGGAGACCCCCCCUGGGCUGCCCCCCGCCUCGCUGCCGCCCUCCUGCCCCUUUGACUCACAGGGCAACAGCCCCGGGUGGCUGGCACAUGGUAACCCCUCGCCCCCGGGCAGCGGGCAAGAUUUGAACAUGAACCUCAUCUCCUCUGUGCUCCAAGCUCCGCACGCCCCUGCCCACCCCUGCCCGCUGCCCCCUCACCCCUCUCUCUCUCCAACAGGGCCCGCGGCACCUCCCGGCCACGCCGCCGGCCCCGAUGCCACCUCGUCACCCACACCCGCCGCUGGGCACCGUGCCGCCCCCCGGCGCGAAGCCAGGCCCGGGCAAGGGGGUGGCACGGGGACCGGGAGCCCGGGGUCCUCCGCAGCCCACUGCCAGCAGGCUGGCUCCCCUCGAGCCCCAGAGGAGCUGGCGGCCGUGGCCCGUCACGACGGGCAUGGUGCUAGGCUGGCGGGCACCUACGCGUGCCCCGCAGAGCCGCUGAGCUCCGACGGGGAGGGCACCCAGCCCGGGCGGGCGGCCAGCGUGCGCGGGCACCCCUCGGGCUCCUCAGAGACCACCUCGCCCUCCUCGGACCCCGGCAUCGAGGCUGACCUGACCAGCAGGACCGGCAAAGCCUUCGCGCCCGGCGGGCGGCGCGGGGAGGACCUGAGCUCGCCUGGCUCGGAUUCGGAGGUGGAGGGGGAGAUUGCGGCGGCCUUCGGCGGCGGGCACCUGGUCAGCAACAUGAUCUCCUCCAUCUCCGAGACCGAGCUGGACCUCAGCAGCGCCAGCAGCAGCGGCAGGUCCUCACACCUCACCAACUCCAUCGAGGAGGCCAGCUCCCCCGCCUCCGAGCUGGAACCCGAGCUGGAGGUGCCCGGCCUGAUGGGCAUCAAGGACGCCCUGCUGCUGGAUAAGGGCAAGGAGCAGGAGGAGGAGGAGGUGGAGGAGAAGCCGGAGAGGGAGGUGGUGAGGAGAGAGAGCUUGGCGGAGCUGAAGAUGGAAGGUUACUAUGACAGCCUCAACCCUGCCGACCCCUGUGCCGUGCCCACCGGGCAGACGGACGCCUCCAGCCCCCCCGACCUGAAGAUCGACCCUGACCACGGCCUGGAGAGCAUCCGGCGCUCCUUCUACCUGCCCGUGGGGCCCAAGCUGCUGCCCGAGGCGGACGAGGAGGACAACAGCGACUUCGAGUCGGACUCGGAGUCGGAGCCCGACCUGAGCGAGGACUCGGACUCCCCCUGGCUGCUCAGCAACCUGGUCAACAAGAUGAUCUCGGAGGGUUCCUACCCCAUCAAGUGCCCGGACGAGUGCUUCCAGCAGGGCCACUCGCUCUCUGACACCAUCUCGCCAGCCUCCGACCUGGAGCCCGAGAUCCUCAGCGAGGCCCUGGACCCUGGCACGCCGCCCUCGCCGCUGGGUACGGGCGAGCCGGGCGCCCUGCCCCGUGCCAUCGAGCUGGUGGACAUGGAGACGCUGCGAAGCUCCCUGCGGGAGGAGGGGGAGGCGGGCACCGAGCCAGUGCCCGAGCUGCCCAGCGACGAGCCGGGUCCUUUCCUCUUCAUGAGCAACCCCACGAACGACACCAUCGCGCCCGUCACCAUCGACCGGCUGGGCACCGCCGAGGUCCUGGCCUCCUUCGGCUGCCGCCCCGCGCCGCCCUGCGGCUCCCCUGGCAGCCAGCCGCUGGGCACCGGCCCCCAGGGCUGGGCCGUCGACAGGGACCUGGACUCGGACGUCCUGGAGGCCGAUGCCAUGAUCGAUGAUGUUCGGUUAGGGCCGCGGGGGCCCGACGCCAUCUCGCCCACCCUGGACGUCUCCACCGCCAAGACCAACCGCGGCUUCACCAUGGCCUUCUCCAGCCAGCAGCAGCAGGAGGAGGACGAGGAGGAGGAGGAGGAGCUGCCCUACCUAAAGGGUUCCCCAUUCGCCGAGGAGCAGCUGCAGGGGGGCUUCGGGGGGCCGGCAGCGGGCACCCCCGGGCUGGCAGAGCCGCGGGCAAGGGACGAGUCGCUGGCGUACGACGCUCUGAAGUACACGCUGGUGGUGGACGAGCACACCCAGCUGGAGCUGGUCAGCCUGCGGCGCUGCACCUCGGUGCUGAGCGACAACAGCGACCUGCUGCCCCCCGGCGACGAUGGUGACGGGCACGGGCUGGGCGGCCCCGACCCCCACAGCUCCUCCGAGGACUCUUCCCCGGAGGCUGACCUCCACUUCUCCAAGAAGUUCCUCAAUGUCUUUGUCAACAGCACCUCACGCUCCUCCAGCACAGAGUCCUUUGGGCUGUUCUCCUGCAUGGUCAACGGGGAGGAGCGGGAGCAGACCCACCGCGCUGUCUUCAGGUUCAUCCCUCGCCACGAGGACGAGCUGGAGCUGGACGUGGAUGACCCCAUCCUGGUGGAGCUGGAGGAGGAUGACUACUGGUACCGGGGCUACAACAUGCGGACGGGGGAGCGCGGCAUCUUCCCGGCCUUCUACGCCCACGAGGUGGUCAGCCAAGCCAGGGACACCAUCGGCCUGAAGAGGAACCCGUGCUGGGUGGAGAGGUUCAACGUCCAGUUCCUGGGCUCAGUGGAGGUCCCAUACCACCAAGGCAACGGCAUCCUCUGUGCAGCCAUGCAGAAGAUUGCCACCACCAGGAAGCUGACUGUGCACCUGCGCCCGCCGGCCAGCUGCGACCUGGAGAUCACCCUGCAGGGCAUCAAGCUGAUCCUCACCGUCACUGAGUACAGCCAGGACGAGGAGUUCGAGCGGUGCAGCCACUUCUUCCAGAUGAAGAACAUCUCCUUCUGUGGGUGCCACCCACGGAACAGCUGCUACUUCGGGUUCAUCACCAAGCACCCCGUGCUGAGCCGCUUCGCCUGCCACGUCUUCGUCUCACAGGAGUCCAUGCGGCACGUGGCCGAGUGUGUCGGCCGAGCCUUUCAGGAAUACUACCAGGAGCACCUGGAAUACGCCUGCCCCACAGAGGACAUCUACCUGGAGUAGGGCGGGGGGGCAGCGCUGCCCAGUGCCCCCCCCAGAGACUCUGAGCCCCCCCUGCCAGCCGGCUUGGCUCCCCCCACCCCUACUCCAGCCCCACUGUCCCCCCCCAGCACAUCCUCACUGCUGCUUCUUUAGGGGGGGUGGGGGCCCGGGGGCCACCCCCACAGCCACGGACCCUGUGGGUGGGUCCUGGGGACGCCUGGCCCUGGGGGCGUGACGCAGCCGAGCCUGGGGGGAUCUGGGGGAGAAGCUUCCCCUCCCCUGCAUGAGCAAAGCCAGCCCAGGAGCCCCCCCACUGCUGCAGGGGGCAUGGGGA